UAAGGAUGUGGAUGAGAGCAGCACGGAGUAGCUUAUGAUGUCAAUGAUUAAUCUUUCUCAAAAAGAUAAGAUUAAAAAAAAAAGAAAAAAAGAAGUAGAGAGGGAGAGGGAGAGAUUUUAGAUGAUGUGGAAAUAAAGGGGCUCUUGAAACUUUGGAGAAAAGGUCUCUCUUAAUUAGAAACAUACUUGGAAUGCACGAGGAGGAGGAAUGGCAUCGUUUCCUUGCCCUCUCUUCUACCUCCUCUUCCCCAACAACUUCUUCUUCCUCCCGUCCCAUCAAGAAAACUACCGGUGGAACGAAACCACCUUUUUUAACAGAGAGAGCCUUGGUCGAGCGAUGCCGAUCCAAUGCUCUCACGGUCGAAGACGCGCUCGAUUUGUUCAACGCCGCGGUGGUUGCCGCUCCCAAGCCCUCCAUCUACGCCAUCAACCUCCUCCUCGGUGCUAUCGCCAGAAUGAAGCACUACCCGGUCGUGAUCUCUCUCUGCAACAAGCUAAAUCUUUUAUCAGGAAUCCAGCCAAAUAUCUGCACUUAUAGCAUCGUGAUCAGCUCAUGCUGCCGAAUGAACUCCGUCGACCUGGGCUUCAGCGUCUUAGGAGGCCUCCUCAAACGUGGCCUCUCUCCCAGAACCACUAUGCUCAACCAUCUCAUCAACGGUCUCUGCUGCGAUAAAAGGGUCCGGGAGGCAGCCAUGCUGUUCGAUAAAAUGCCUCUGAUGGGAUGCCAGCCGAAUGUGGUCUCAUGCAGUGCUCUCAUCAAGGGACUCUGCAAUACCGGAAGUACCGCUUUGGCACUGGAGCUGCACCAGAAGAUGGCUAUGCUGGGAGAUGCUUGCAAGCCUAACAUAUUCACGUACAACACUAUUAUCCACCACCUUUGCAAAGAGGGACGUGUGAGCGAUGCAUGCAAACUGCUCGAGGAAAUGAGUCGUGCGGGUGUUAAACAGGAUGUUCGCACUUACAACAGCGUUAUUUAUGGACAUUCCGCUUUAGGCCACUGGAAGCAGGCUGUUGGUAUUUUCAAGGAGAUGGUGGAUCAAGGCUUUUCACCGGAUGUGGUGACAUUCAGCAUGCUGAUGGGUGCACUUUCCAAACAUGGGAGGACUGCAGAAGCGCAUAAAUUAUUAGAUUUGAUGAAGGAAAGAGGUGAACAACCUGAUGUAAUCUCGUAUACUAUAUUGGUGCAAGGAUACUGUCAAGAAGGCCGUCUCGCUGAUGCUAGGGAAGUCUUCAAUUCCAUGUUGGUUAAAGGUCCUGCUCCUAACAGUCAUACUUACUCGGUUUUGAUUAAUGGAUUUGUCAGGAAUCAGAAAAUGGAUGAGGCCGUCGAGCUAUUCAACAAAAUGCAGCGAGGAGUAGAGCCUGAUAUCGUUACCUAUAAUACUGUGCUGGAUGGGCUAUGCCACCUUGGGAGAGUGGAGGAUGUUCGAGUCCUCCUUGAUGAAAUGAUGCAUCAGGGAAUACAUCCAAAUGUUGUCACUUAUAGCUCAAUAUUGUGUGCAUUUUGUAGAUUAGGGAAGUGGAAAGAAGCUCAUCAGUUGCUUCAUGAAAUGACAGUGCAGCAAAUUCAUCCUGACAUCGUGACAUUCAAUGUAUUGAUCGAUGCCAUUUGUAAAGAAGGAAUGGUUCGAGAGGCACAUGGAUUAUUGGAAGAGAUGAGCUGUAGGGGUAUGGAGCCUAAUGUAGUAACUUAUAAUACACUAAUGGAUGGUUACUGUAUGGUAGGACAACUAAGCGAUGCAGUGAGAGUUUGUGAUUUAAUGGUUUUGAAAGGCCAUGGACCCAAUGCUUUUUCAUACAAUAUAUUAGUUGACAGCUAUUGCAAAAGUGGGAGGAUUGAUGAGGCUUUGAGUCUCUUUAGUGGAAUGCCUCAUAAAGGAGUGCAGCAUACAGUCAUUACAUACAAUACCAUGUUAGCUGGAUUAUAUCGAGUUGGUAGAGUUGCUGAUGCAGAAAACUUGCACGACAAGAUGCUUGCUGCUGGGAUAUGCCCUAAUCUUCGCACAUACAACAUAAUCUUGGAUGGGCUUUGCAAAAACCAAUAUAUUGAUGAAGCUAUGAAGCUGUUUCAAGAUGCAUUAUCUUCUAAUGUUAACCUCGACAUUGUCUGCUUCAAUUCCAUGAUUGAUGGUUUGGUCAAAGCUGAAAGGUUCCAAGCAGCCAAAAAUAUCUUCAAUACUAUUCAUGUCAAGGAUUUGAAACCAGAUGUUAUUACUUUCAACAUAAUGGUAAAUGGCCUCAUGAAGGAAGGGUUGUUUGACGAAGCCAAUAACUUGCUCUUGCAUAUGGAGAAGUCUGGCUGUCCUGCAAAUUCUACCACAUUCAAUACCAUUAUUCACGGUUUGCUGGAGAAAGAGGAGAUAGAGAGGGCAAUAAAUAUGAUUAGGAAAAUGAAAGAGAGAGGCUUUUCUCUUGUGGCAUCAACUGCGUCUCAGAUAUUUAAUUUGUUUUCGAAGGACGGGCAAUAUCAUGAAUAUCUGAAGUUGCUUCCAGAUUUUUAUCAGGAUGGUACAAAGUGAUGAGAGCAACAUAUACAUUGAAUUGGGCUUUUGAUGAUUGUAUUUUCACAUACACAUUGCUUGUGCUCCAUUUUCAGCCUCGGCCUUCCUCCGCCGCGUUCAGGUUGUACUGAUCCCCUGAAUGAGAAUGUAAACCUCUAGUUGUUGUUUCAACAUAUUGAAGGGAGAUUUCUGGGAACAAGUUCUUGAUGUCAGUGGGCUCCUCCAGUGGAGGUUUAAGUGAACUAAGAAGGUAAUUGUGAUAGGGAUCAGGGAUUUUGUCAAACGAUUUCUCAAGGCUGCAAAGAGGGGAAGCUUCAUGUCAGCAGAAUGAUCAUGCCUGUCGUCAGGCAGCAAAAGUUACAGGGUUCUACAUCAUCUAAAGAUGAUACCGGAUUUGUAGUGACUGCUCAGUGAGAAAUGAACAAUUCCUGCUAUUACAAAACCAAUUGGAAUUCAAUUAAAAAUAAAUCUGCCAACAGUUAAAUUCAUUUAUUUUUUUUAAAUAAAAAACUUCCAUCA